AUGGAUCUCUAUGACAGAAUGACUAACCCAAUGCAUCAUCUUAGCAACUUCAAAAGUCGGGUGUACCUAGCCGACGCCUCUAAUACUACUCGUUGUGAAGCCUUCCCGACAACUCUGACCAAAGCUGCGAUAAAGUGGUUCAAUAACUUACCUCCCAGGUUGGUAACUUGUUUUGAUGACCUGGCAAGAAAGUUUCUUACUAGAUUCUUAAUUCAGAAGGAUAAGGUGAAGCAUGCCCCAAGUUUGGUAGAAGUUAAACAAGAAAUUGAUGAGACACUCCAAGAUUACAUGGAAAGGUUUAACAAAGCAUGCUUGGAAAUACAAAACUUACCUACUAAUGCAGUGACAAUAGGAUUUGUUAAUGGCCUUAAAGAAGGGCCGUUCUCUCAAACCAUAUCCAAGCGACACCCAACUUUCUUGUACGAAGUACAAGAACGGAUAGAGAAGUACAUCAACAUGGAGGAGAAUUCAUGA